UCGUCUGCCUUCAGUCUGAGCGGGCAGGGCUCGGCUGAGGACAGGACCGGCCCGGCCCCAGCGGACCAGGGGAGGGGGACACCGUCACGACCCCAGGAGAGGGCAGGGGCCCGGGAGAAAGAAAAGGAGACUCAAAUAAGAAAAAGAGAAAAAAAUCAAAAAUUCCCAAGGAGGCGUCGCCUCUCCUCGCUGCCCCCCCCCGGCCACGCUGCCCCUCGCCCCCCGGCCUGAUGCCCGCCUAGCCAGCGGCCCGUCCGGGAGCUCGGGAAGAGAAGGAGAGGGCGCAGGGCACCGCGCAGGGCACCCCCGCAGUGUCGCCCGGACUCCGGGCCCCGGCCAUGGAGAUGCCCCCGAGGUGGAAGACGAAAAGGGGGUCCCGGGACUCCUAUCUCACCGCCCUCGUCGCUUUCAUCUGCAUCCUCCGAGUGGCGGAGGGCAACGCAGCUGGACCAGUCGACGUGCUCAAAGCAUUAGACUUUAACAAAUCACCAGAAGGAAUAUCAAAAACAGCAGGAUUUUGCACAAAUAGGAGGAAUUCGAAAGGAUCAGAUACUGCUUAUAGAGUUUCAAAACUUGCACAACUCAGUGCCCCAACAAAACAGUUAUAUCCAGAUGGUGCUUUCCCUGAAGAUUUUUCAAUAUUAUUUACAGUAAAACCUAAAAAGGGGAUCCAGUCUUUCCUUUUAUCUAUCUACAAUGAGCAGGGAAUUCAGCAAAUAGGUGUAGAGGUUGGAAGAUCCCCUGUUUUCUUGUUUGAAGAUCAGCAUGGGAAACCUGCCCCAGAAGAUUAUCCUCUUUUUAGAACUGUCAACAUUGCUGAUGGAAAGUGGCAUCGUGUAGCUAUCAGUGUGGAGAAGAAAACCGUGACCAUGAUUGUCGACUGUAAGAAGAAGACCACAAAACCACUGGACAGAAGUCAAAGAGCAAUCGUGGAUACUAAUGGCAUCACGGUGUUUGGAACAAGAAUUCUGGAUGAGGAAGUUUUUGAGGGUGAUAUCCAGCAACUGCUAAUUACAGCUGACCCCAAAGCAGCUUAUGACUAUUGUGAGCAUUACAGUCCUGAUUGUGAUUCCCCAGUCCCCAAUGCUGCUCAGGCUCAAGAACCUCAAAUUGAUGAGUAUGCACCUGAAGAUAUAAUCGAAUAUGAAUAUGAGUAUGGGGAAGCAGAUUAUAAAGAGGCUGAAUCUGUAACUGAGGGACCCACCCUAAUUGAGGAAACAGUAGCACAAACUGAGGCCAAUGUUGUUGAUGACUUCCAGGAGUACAACUAUGGGACUGCAGAGAGUUACCAAACCGAAACUCCCCGUCGUGUAUCGGGACCCAAUGAGCCAAAUCCGGUUGAAGAAGUAUUUACAGAAGAAUACGUAACUGGAGAGGAUUAUAAUUCCCAGAAAAAAAAUCCUGAGGAAUCCCAAUAUGGAAACAAAGGAGUAGACGGCAGGGACUCUGAUCUCCCAAUAGAUGGAGAUUUGGGAGAAUAUGAUUUUUAUGAAUAUAAAGAAUAUGAAGAAAAACCAACAAAUCCCACUAUGGAAGAGUUUGGUCCUGGUGUCCCAGCUGAGACUGAUAUCACAGAGACAAGUGUGCAUGGACAUGGCGCAUAUGGAGAAAAAGGACAAAAAGGAGAAGCAGCUGUAGUUGAACCUGGAAUGCUUAUUGAAGGACCACCAGGACCACAAGGACCCUCUGGUCUCACAGGCCCACCUGGACUACAAGGUCCAACAGGCCCUCCUGGUGACCCUGGUGAGCGGGGCCCAGCAGGGCGUCCUGGUCUACCAGGGGCUGAUGGUUUAGCUGGUCCUCCUGGAACAAUGUUGAUGUUACCAUUUCGCUACGGCGGCGAUGGUUCUAAAGGACCAACUAUAUCAGCUCAGGAAGCUCAAGCACAGGCUAUUCUUCAGCAAGCCCGGAUUGCUAUGAGAGGUCCACCUGGCCCAAUGGGUCUAACCGGAAGACCGGGUCCUGUGGGUGGACCUGGUUCUUCAGGAGCCAAAGGAGAAGGAGGUGAUCCAGGCCCUCAGGGUCCUCGUGGAAUUCAAGGUCCCCCUGGUCCAACUGGAAAAGCAGGAAAGCGGGGUCGUCCUGGUGCUGAUGGAGGUCGAGGGAUGCCCGGAGAACCCGGAUCAAAGGGUGACAGAGGCUUUGAUGGACUCCCUGGUCUACCUGGAGACAAGGGCCACCGAGGAGAACGUGGUCCCCAAGGCCCUCCUGGCUCUCCUGGUGAAGAUGGAAUGAGGGGAGAAGAUGGAGAAAUUGGACCAAGAGGUCUUCCUGGUGAAGCUGGUCCUCGUGGACUACUGGGACCAAGAGGAACCCCUGGCCCUACAGGCCAACCCGGUAUCGCGGGUAUAGAUGGCCCACAAGGUCCUAAAGGAAACAUGGGUCCUCAAGGGGAACCUGGACCGCCUGGUCAACAAGGAAAUCCGGGCCCUCAAGGUCUUCCUGGGCCCCAAGGAUCUAUUGGACCCCCUGGUGAAAAAGGACCACAAGGAAAGCCUGGUCUUGCAGGACUCGCUGGUGCUGAUGGACCGCCUGGUCAUCCUGGUAAAGAAGGCCAAUCUGGAGAGAAAGGAGCUCUGGGUCCGCCUGGUCCACAGGGACCCAUUGGCUACCCUGGCCCUCGGGGGGUGAAGGGAGCAGAUGGUGUCAGAGGUCUGAAGGGCUCCAAAGGUGAAAAGGGAGAAGAUGGUUUCCCAGGAUUUAAAGGAGACAUGGGUCUUAAGGGAGAUCGGGGAGAAGUAGGCCAGAUCGGGCCAAGAGGAGAAGAUGGCCCUGAAGGUCCCAAAGGUCGAGCAGGUCCAAAUGGAGACCCUGGUGGUGCUGGUCAGGCAGGAGAGAAGGGAAAACUUGGUGUUCCAGGGUUACCCGGAUAUCCAGGAAGACAAGGUCCAAAGGGUUCCACUGGCUUCCCAGGAUUCCCUGGUGCCAACGGAGAGAAAGGAGCAAGGGGUGUAGCUGGCAAACCGGGCCCCAGAGGACAACGUGGUCCUACGGGCCCUCGAGGUUCUAGAGGUGCAAGAGGCCCGACAGGGAAACCAGGUCCAAAGGGUACUUCAGGCAGUGAUGGUCCCCCUGGCCCACCUGGUGAAAGAGGACCCCAAGGACCUCAGGGUCCUGUUGGAUUUCCUGGACCAAAAGGCCCACCUGGACCACCUGGAAAAGAUGGACUGCCUGGACACCCAGGGCAGCGGGGAGAGACUGGUUUCCAAGGCAAGACAGGCCCUCCAGGACCAGGAGGAGUUGUCGGACCACAGGGCCCAACUGGUGAGACUGGGCCAAUUGGUGAACGGGGACAUCCUGGCCCUCCCGGCCCUCCUGGGGAACAAGGUCUCCCUGGAUCAGCUGGCAAAGAAGGUGCCAAGGGUGACCCAGGCCCUCAGGGCAUUUCUGGAAAAGAUGGACCAGCAGGACUUCGUGGCUUCCCUGGAGAGAGGGGUCUUCCUGGAGCCCAGGGGGCAGCUGGUCUGAAAGGAGGGGAGGGUCCCCAGGGACCACCUGGUCCACUUGGUUCACCAGGGGAACGGGGAUCAGCAGGAACAGCUGGUCCAAUUGGUUUACCUGGUCGCCCUGGGCCCCAAGGCCCUCCAGGGCCAGCUGGAGAGAAAGGUGCUCCUGGAGAAAAAGGACCCCAAGGUCCAGCUGGACGGGAUGGAGUCCAGGGUCCAGUGGGGCUGCCUGGUCCUGCUGGCCCAGGGGGCUCCCCAGGAGAAGAUGGGGAUAAGGGUGAAAUUGGUGAACCAGGACAGAAAGGCAGUAAAGGUGACAAAGGAGAAAAUGGACCCCCUGGACCUCCAGGUCUUCAAGGGCCUGUUGGUGCCCCAGGGAUAGCUGGAGGUGAUGGCGAACCUGGUCCAAGAGGUCAGCAGGGCAUGUUUGGCCAGAAGGGUGAUGAAGGCGCAAGAGGAUUUCCUGGCCCCCCAGGCCCCAUUGGCCUCCAGGGUCUGCCUGGGCCUCCUGGUGAAAAAGGUGAAAACGGUGAUGUUGGCCCAAUGGGUCCCCCAGGACCUCCCGGUCCACGAGGCCCUCAAGGUCCAAAUGGAGCUGAUGGUCCACAAGGCCCCCCAGGAUCAGUUGGUUCAGUUGGUGGUGUCGGUGAAAAGGGUGAACCUGGGGAAGCUGGUAAUCCAGGGCCUCCCGGAGAGUCUGGCACAGGUGGCCCAAAGGGUGAGAGGGGAGAAAAAGGUGAGGCUGGUCCUCCUGGAGCUGCUGGGCCUCCUGGUGCUAAGGGUCCCCCAGGUGAUGAUGGACCCAAGGGUAAUCCAGGUCCUGUUGGCUUCCCUGGAGACCCUGGUCCCCCUGGUGAACCUGGCCCUGGGGGUCAAGAUGGUGUCGGUGGUGAGAAGGGUGAAGAUGGAGAUACUGGUCAACCUGGGCCUCCUGGUCCUUCGGGUGAAGCCGGUCCACCUGGUCCCCCUGGAAAACGAGGCCCUCCUGGAGCUGCUGGUCCAGAGGGGAGGCAGGGUGAAAAAGGUGCUAAGGGUGAAGCAGGCUCAGAAGGAGCUCCUGGGAAAACUGGCCCGGUUGGUCCUCAGGGACCUGCAGGAAAGCCAGGUCCAGAAGGCUUGCGUGGUAUCCCUGGCCCUGUGGGCGAACAAGGCUUACCGGGAGCUGCAGGCCAAGAUGGGCCCCCAGGUCCCUUGGGGCCUCCUGGAUUACCUGGCCUAAAGGGUGAUUCUGGCUUCAAGGGUGAAAAGGGACAUCCUGGUUUGAUUGGCCUCAUUGGCCCUCCUGGAGAACAAGGUGAAAAAGGUGAUCGCGGUCUUCCAGGGACACAAGGAACUCCUGGAGCCAAGGGUGAUGGUGGAAUUACUGGCCCUGCUGGUCCCAUUGGCCCCCCGGGUCCACCAGGCCUACCGGGUCCUCAAGGUCCAAAGGGUUCCAAAGGUUCUUCUGGACCUGGUGGUCAGAAGGGAGACAGUGGACUUCCUGGACCCCCAGGCCCUCCUGGGCCUCCUGGUGAAGUUAUCCAGCCUUUGCCGAUCCUAUCGCCUAAAAAAACGAGACGGCACACCGAAGGCAUGAUGGCUGAUGCAGGAGAUAACAUUCUUGACUACUCUGACGGAAUGGAGGAAAUUUUUGGUUCCCUGAACUCCUUGAAACAAGAUAUUGAUCGUAUGAAGUUCCCGAUGGGCACUCAGACCAAUCCAGCUCGAACCUGCAAAGAUCUCCAGCUCUGCCACCCAGACUUCCCAGAUGGUGAGUACUGGAUUGACCCUAACCAAGGCUGUCCUGGAGAUUCCUUCAAAGUUUACUGCAACUUCACAGCUGGCGGGGAGACUUGCAUAUAUCCAGACAAGAAAUCUGAAGGCGUCAGACUUUCCUCAUGGCCAAAGGAAAACCCAGGAACCUGGUUUAGUGAAUUUAAGAGAGGCAAACUGCUCUCAUAUUUGGAUGUUGAAGGCAAUUCUAUUAAUAUGGUUCAGAUGACAUUCCUUAAACUACUGAGCUCUGCUGCUAGGCAAAAUUUCACCUACAACUGCCAUCAGUCAGUUGCAUGGCAUGAUGUGUCAUCAGACAGCUAUGAUAAAGCGCUCAGGUUCCUUGGGUCGAAUGAUGAAGAGAUGUCUUACGACAACAAUCCUUACAUCAAAGCACUCUAUGACGGCUGUGCAUCAAGAAAAGGCUAUGAAAAGACUGUGAUUGAAAUCAAUACGCCCAAAAUAGACCAAGUUCCUAUUGUUGAUGUGAUGAUCAAUGACUUUGGUGAUCAGAACCAGAAGUUUGGGUUUGAAGUUGGUCCCGUGUGUUUCCUCGGUUAAGAUUAAGACAGAGAACAGAAAAAACAAUUCAUGUUUCCUUGGUUACCACCAGCCCACUUCAUGCCACGUGCAAGUUUUGAUUAAGAAUGGUGUAGAAAAUAUGUCUUGCGGUGUAUGUAUGUAUUAUCUAGAAAAUAAUUGUUGCCCUUGUAGGGCCAGAAUCACAUGACUUAAACUUAUUUGAAAAACCUGAAAGACAUAAGGUACUGUGGCAGAGAUCGAAUAUCUAGGGUUGGUUUUAACCCCCCCUCGCUUUUCUCCUUCCCCUAUUUGGAUUCCUUUGGUGCUGUAAAAACAAACAAACAAAAAAAGUUGUGGUGCUUCUCUUCCAUCAAAAGAGGCUACAGAGGUGUGUCUAAUAAAUUGUAAUUAUUUUAUGUACAGUACUAUACUGUUUUUCUGUAUCCAUGUCCAAAACUUGCAUGUGUCCCUGAAGUGCAUUUGGCUCUCAUUUUAUGACCAUUCCCAAAAUACUGUCAAUAAUUACUGUGUAUGUAUUAUGAAAAAUAAAAAUGUAAUUUCCAGUGACUCCAAUUCCCUUGUUCUGAUUAAUAAUAAAAUCCCUUUGUACAUAUGGAUGUUGAAAAGCUCUACUAUUUGAUGUAGCCAACACACCCUCAGGUGGCAAAAACUGGAAGCCCUUGGGCAGCACAUUAACACCAACCCUACCCUGCUGGUAUUUUUUACCUUGCGAGGAAUUGCAAAAAAAACGAGUAUCCACUGAGGUGCUAUUUUCAAUGGUGCUAUAUUUCAGCCUUCCUUUCUUCUUUUCAGAAUUGAGGAUUUCAUAAAAAUACCUGUAUAUGCCUAAAAUGAAAAAGUUUAUAUUUUGGGGUGAGAGAAAUGUGUAGUAGGAAACAGGACUUAAUUUUAAAGCUAUCUGUUCAAGUCUUCGUGACAUAUAUGGAUAAUCCUCUAGUUUUCCCUCCUUGUAGCUCAUUUAAAUAUGUUUCCAGUAUGCUUCCUUGAACCAUAUAAAUAUUAAAACUGGAACUUAGGCAAUUAUUUAUGAAUUUGUGCAGUGUUUACUUAGUUCAUGUUCAGCGAUGAACAUUCUUGUACUGCAUUGGAUACCGAGUUGCAUUUCCCCAUGGUCUUAGGGCUCACCUGAUUGCCUAUAUGAUCAAUAGGAUAGUUCUAUAUUUUCAAGCUAAGGCCUUAGGUCAUGUGAUUCUACCUAGUGGUUCUAUCUAGUUGCUAAGCAACACAUGAGGGGACUUACCCACAGAGCUUAUUUUGGAACCUAAGCUGUUUUAAUUGACUAUCCACGUCUCAAGUUCGGUUUGUUUUUCCCUCUAAACUAUUUUUCUUCAGGUAGUUGGAAGUAAAAAUAAAAUUUCAUUUUACAAUCCAAAUCCUUUUGUAAUUAUUUUUCAUAAUAUAUGUAAGACUUGAAAAUAAAUGUUUGUUACUUUUCUUAUAUAAAUUGUUAAAUUAAUUGAUACCAGCUUCCACUGGCUGACUUUCAAAUGGUACUUUAUCAUGAAAGAGUAUACAUGUAAAACUGAAAUUUACAAAUGAGCAUAAUGUCAUUCAGAAUUUCUUUUAUUUUUGAAUCUGAAUCUGUAACUAUCACCUCAAGAGGGAAGAUGUGGAUUUUAUCAAUAAACUAAAGUCUUGUCUACCUGGA